UUCCGAUGCUAUUAUUCGUGCUGGUGAAGGACAAAACAUGAGAGAGUUUCGAGCACAUUCACUUAUUUUAAACGCUCGCUCUACUUAUUUUAAACGCUCGUUCUACUUAUUUCAAAGCUGCUUUUUCUGCUAA